GAUAAUUUUUAAAUUUGAAGGCAGCCCUGAAAGUUGAAACAUUUUCAGUUAUUUUGACAGUUUAGAUGCCAGCGUACAUGAAAGUUUGACAAUAGCAAUGUAAUUAGAUUUCCAAUUAACAAACUUUCAAAAUCGUCUGUUUUUCAAAUUGUAAUUAUUAAUAAUACUAUUUUUCACCAUAAUUAAUGAGAAAUAAUCUCGUGUUACUUGAAAAGUACUUAAGUAAAUAUGCUGAAGGGUAAAGGACAAAGAUCUUUUGAGGAUAUUUGGCCUCAGAUGAGACCAAUAGUUUUGAAAUUAUUGCAACAAGAAACAGUUUCUCAGGCAGAAUGGCAAGAUUUGUUUUAUGGUGUGCAUUUGGUUUGUUUAUGGGAUGAUAAAGGUGCUACAAAAAUAUAUGAUUGCCUUCGAGACGAUAUAGUUAAGUUUAUAAUUCAAGCUCAAAAAAGAGUACAAGUUGAAAGAGAAGAACAAGCUCUUUUGAAAUCUUACAUUAUCGAAUGGAGAAAAUUUUUUACUCAAAGUAGCUAUUUGCCAUUACCUUUUCGACAACUAGAAAGUACAUUACAAGGUAAAAGUUCGUCCUCAAGUAAUAAUUCCAGUAGUAAUUCUCAGAAAAAGGGCUGUAGUGAAGAAAGUAUUGUUCGAAAGUUAAUGUUGGAUUCUUGGAAUGAAAAUAUAUUUAGGGAUAUUAAAGAUAGAUUACAAGAUUCUGCAAUGAAAAUGGUACAUGCCGAACGGAAUGGCGAUAGCUUCGAUUCUCAACUAGUAAUUGGAGUGCGUGAGAGCUAUGUGAAUUUGUGUUCAAACCCAGAAGACAAAUUAGAAAUAUAUAGAGAAAAUUUUGAAGCGGCUUAUUUAACUGCAACUGCAGAAUUUUAUCGUUUAAAAGCAAAUGAGCAACAGCAGUUAAAUGGGGUCCAAAUUUUUAUGCGAUAUGCUGAUAUGAAACUGCGCGAAGAGGAAGCCAGAGCUAAGCGAUAUUUAGAACCUAGUAGUUUUCCACCAUUAGCGCAAUGCUGUGUCAAUGUAUUAAUAGGAGAUCAUUUGAAUACUUUACUAGCGGAAUGUGCGCCUCUUAUAAAAUCGGGUGAAACUGAAAGAUUAAAUUUAAUGUUUAGGUUAUUAGAUCGCGUACAAGGCGGAGUAGAUCCAAUGCUUAGAGAUUUGGAAAAUCAUAUAGUUAGUGCGGGAUUGGCAGAUAUGAUAGCCGCUGCGGAUAUCAUAACACAGGACUCGGAAAAAUAUGUUGAAAGGCUGCUCGAAUUAUUCAAAAGAUUUAGCAUACUAGUAAAAGAAGCAUUUAAUGAUGAUCCACGAUUUUUAACAGCUAGAGAUAAAGCAUUUAAAAAUGUUGUGAAUGAUACAACAGUGUUUAAGUUGGAAUUGCCAGUCGCAAUUACUGCGAGGGGUAUUAAAACAACCACUCCAGAAAGUAAAUGUCCAGAACUUUUAGCAAACUAUUGCGAUAUGUUGUUAAGAAAAACUCCUUUAAGUAAACGGCUUACAAGUGAACAAAUAGAAAGUCGUCUGCGUGAUGUUUUGUUAGUCCUAAAAUAUGUCAGCAAUAAAGACGUUUUUAUGAGAUAUCAUAAGGUUCACCUGACUCGAAGACUAAUAUUAGAUUCAAGUGCGGAUAGUGAAAAAGAGGAAGACAUGGUGGAAUGGCUUAGAGAAGUUGGAAUGCCAGCUGAUUAUGUUAAUAAGUUGGCGAGAAUGUUUCAAGAUAUUAAAGUUAGCGAGGAUCUGAAUACACAAUUUAAAUCUUCCACAACACGUCAUGAUACAAUAAAUAUAAAAAUUUUGAAUGCCGGAGCUUGGGCGAGAUAUUCUGAAAGAGUGUCUGUUAGUUUACCUUUAGAACUAGAAGAUUAUAUUCCUGAUGUUGAAGAUUUUUAUAAAAAAAAACAUUCGGGGAGAAAAUUGCAAUGGUACCAUCAUAUGAGUAAUGGAACAAUAACCUUUGUAAAUAAUAUUGGUAGAUUCGAUUUAGAUGUUACUACUUUUCAAAUGGCUGUUUUAUUUGCAUGGAAUCAACGUCCUUAUGAAAAAGUUUCAUAUGAAAAUUUAAGACUCGCUACAGAGCUUCCAGAUCCUGAGCUUAGACGAACGCUUUGGUCUUUAGUAGCAUUCCCUAAAUUAAAAAGACAAUUACUUUUAAUGGAUCCAGUAUGUGUCGCUUCAAAAGAUUUUUCUGAAAACACAGUGUUUUGGGUUAAUCAGGAAUUUGCCAUAAUCAAAAAUGGAAAAAUGCAAAGGAGAGGAAAAUUGAAUCUUAUUGGUAGACUACAGCUUAGUACUGAAAGGUCACAACAAGAAGACAAUCAAUCAAUUGUUCAACUGCGAAUACUUAGAACUCAAGAAGCUAUUAUUAAAAUAAUGAAAAUGCGAAAAAGAAUAAAUAAUGCUGCAUUGCAAGCUGAAUUGGUUGAUAUUUUAAAAAAUAUGUUCCUUCCUUCUAAAAAAAUGAUUAAAGAACAAUUAGAAUGGCUGAUUGAACAUAAAUAUAUGAGAAGAGAUGAUGAUGAUAUUAAUACAUUUAUAUACGUGGCUUAGUGUUCAGUAUUUAAAAUUCUAAUUUAUAAUUUCUUAAAAAAUUGAAUAAAAAAAAUACAUUA